UCGGCACAACAUUGAGGGCCGAAGGUCCUGUACAGUACUGUAAUGUUCUUUGUUCUAAAAUCUUGUCAUUUUUUUCAAUUAUUAACUGGAAAUUCAAAUCUUUUUAAAAAUGAUUGGCCACUGGGAGAUUGUAGCAAUGCUUGAGUCUCCAAACAAUUGGGAAAUUCAAAUGUUUAGAAUUUACUUUGUUAUGUAUACUCUACUAAUCAGAAUUCAGUUUAUCUAAGCCAGAGUAAAGGUCAAGUCUCGAGGUCGGCACGUCUGCAAUGGACUUUGGUAAAUUUAAAGCAAAAAUACAGAACGGAGCACAAAUAGUAUUCUUGCCACUUGCACAACCUUUCAACUGUACCAUGUCAAUGUGUUGGUUUUGGGUGAAUAUUAGAAUUAAAAUCCUGACAAGAACAUUAAUUACUAGCACAAAUCUUUAUUUUGGCAUCUCUUAACUCUUCAAGUCUCUGGUGUUAACUGCCCUGGUUAUGACUAAAAAUCAAUGACAUCUGAAUUUAUAGGAGUAAAGGAAAAGGAGUAAGGCAGUCAGCCCCUCGAGCCUGUUGUGCCAUUUGCUGAAACCAUGGCUGAUCUUUGGCCUAUACCCUUUUAAUACAUUGUGCUUAACAAGAAAAAUCUAGCUCUGAUUUAAAAUCAACGUCUGAUCUAGCAUCAACUGCUGUUUGUGGAUGAGAUUUUCAAAUAUCUACCAACCUUUCUGUGUACAGCGUUUCCUCACAUCUCUCCUGAAUAGGCUGGCCCUAACAUUUAGACUCUGCCUCCCUAGUUCUGGUUCUAGAAUAGCCAACUAGUGGAAAUAGUUUAUCUUUAUUGUGUCCUUUCCUCUUGCUUAGUUGCACAUGGAAUAAUCCCCUGCUGCCUAUGGAGAACAAGAUAUUUGACUUUGAUCACGUAUUAUCUUGCUUUGACAUCCAUAGCAUUGUGAUUUUCCAUAACUGAAGUUUAUAUUUGUAAAUGUUAAGACUCCUCUUUAUUCUCUGAUAACCACAAUGUGACAGGGAAAGACAGAUCAUGCAGACGUAGGAGUGCUCCAGCAAGAAAUGUAAUAUUGCAAACAGCUAAGGGCCAGAAGGCUACCUCCCAUCAUCAUGGACAGGAAACUGUAAAAUUCCUCCUUUUGUAAAUAAUUUAAAGAAAUGAUAAGAUGCCACAUGCAUUCUUUCUUUUCUUUUUCCUUUGUUACUGUUUUGUGAAAGGAGAGAUGCACUGAGAAGGUUCGCUAAGAUGACCCCAGGCGUGGAGUAUAUAUUCUUAUGAGGGUUCAUUUCAACCAUCAAAUGAGCUAAUGCUGAAGUUCUACAGUUACUACAAGCAAGCAACCUUGGGGCCCUGCAACACAACCCGACCUGGCUUCUGGGACCUUAUUGGCAAAUACAAAUGGGAUGCUUGGAAUUCCCUGGGAGACAUGUCAAAAGAAGAAGCUAUGAUUGCCUAUGUUGAGGAAAUGAAAAAGAUCCUUGAAUCCAUGCCAAUGACUGAGGAGGUGGAGGAACUGCUUCGUGUUCUUGGUCCAUUCUAUGAACUUGUUGAUGACAAAAAACAACCAAUAUCGCCUUAUGCAAUCUCAUCAGGCCGAUUGGAGAAAGUGAUUAAAUCACUUGAAGAUCUUGGCAAUGUUUUCAGCUCACCCAAGAACUGUAAUAAGAUGAAUGGAAAGGUUGAAGGCAAUGAUAGCGGUGCAGAAUCUGAACAGGAGGAGGAUGAUGAUGAUGUAACAGAUGGUGAUGAUAAUACAGAAGAAGAUGAAAUAUUGAAACUGAACGGCAUAACCCAGAAACCGGCAGAUGUGAAAUUGGAAGAUGUGAAACCAGGAUGCCAACUUUCCCAGGACACUAUUGGUGAGGUAGAAAAUCCCUGUGCUGUCAGUGAUGGACCAAACCCUAUGUCAGUACUGAAUGCAGAGGACCAGGAGGAGGAAAACAAAGCAAAGGCUCAAACCAUACAGCCACCUGAUAUCAACAGCAAAAUUGAUGGAGUGGAAAACCAGGUUGGUGAAUUUCCAGGAAUUCAGCACAUCACAAGCGAUUCAGACAGUGAAGUAUAUUGUGAUUCAAUGGAACAGCUGGGAGUUGAAGAGAUUUCAGGAGCUGGUAGCUCAGGGAGAGAGAAUUUUAAUAGUUCUCUGAUCGUCUCAGAAUUUGAUCACAGGCAGCUAUUCACAAAUAGUUCGAGAACAGAGUUGAAACAUUCCCUAAAAUACCUUGGGAAUCCUGGAACAAUGAAGGUACAGGAUUUGGGAGAAGGUGGUGUUACUCGUGGUGGUGAAGAUGCAAAACCAGGUGGAAGUGGCUCUCACAAAGAGAAGAUAAGCAGCAAAAGAACGGAGUUUCAUGGACCCAGGAGGGGACGAGGUAAUAGGAUGCAGCAAUCAGGGGAUGGUUUUCAGGUCUCACAGUUGGGUAAUGGUGGUAAUGGGGAACGAAGGGGCUCAGAGAGGCUGCAAAAAGCCAGUGUGAAUGAACAGAUUGCAGUAGCACUACUUAGACUCCAGGAAGACAUGCAGAGUGUGUUGGAGCGACUUCAUAUGUUGGAGGCAGUGACUGCUUCUCAGGUGAAGUCUGAAGAUGCCCAUUCAAAGCUUAAACAUACUGCAGGUGAUAAGACAUCGUCCUGGUGGCCUUUUGAUGUGUCUGGCCGAACUAUUGCAUUUGCAAUUCUUUGGCCUGUUGUCCUCCAGCUGUUUGUGCAUAUGUAUUUUCAAAGGAGGAAGAGAAAACUGAACUAGGUAUCCACCUGGAAUUACAAAGGCACUCUGAAGUCUGCAAACAUAGAAAAUUGGAGAGCCUGACAUGAUCAUUUGGAUUUAUUCAUUUAGUGGUGUUUUACCUUAACAUAGUCCAAUGAUGUGCAUUUUGCUUUAAAAUCAUCCUGCACACUGUACAUCACUAAAUGCUACAACAUACAGAUACUUGAACCAAAUAGCAUUAGUUAAUUUUGGAUUAAUGUAACAAUCAUCUUUAAAUUAUAUGGCCUGAUUUUGGUUUCAUUUUAAAUUUAUGGAACAAACACUGCACUAUCAUCUUAAUAGUAAAUGCUGUAUCUAACUGAAUGUAAGUCGCUUUAGCUGCUUGCAAUAUAGCUAAAAUUGAUUUUGGAAAGAAACUGGGGAAAAUCUGCAUGUUAAAAAUACUUAAAAUGCUUAAUUUCUAGUGUUUUAGCUAGAAAUAAUUCAAUUGAAACGUUGCACCUUAAUGUACUUUGAACAAAUCCCUUGCUAGCAUUGUACAGUAAGACCUUGUGAACAGCAACGAAUUCUGAUGCCUGACCAACAUUCCCACUCCCCAAUACUACUAAAAUAGAUUAUCUGGUCAUCUGCUCAGUUGCUCUUUGUGGGAUCCUACUGUGUACAUUGGCUGUUGAGUUUGUCAGCAAAUAGUGACUGCACUAAAAAAAAAAUUUAGAAGCAAUUUGGUAAUACUUUCCUAUCAUAUGGUCAGUAACUCAAAGGAUAUAAAAUUGAUUUUACGUGCAUAUUACAGCUACUGAACAAAUAAUAUCGACCCCUGGUUUUUGCAGUUGAACAGAAUGCUUUUAACCCAUUGAUAAUCUCUUUUGGAACGGCCAAUAGAUGGAUUUUUUUCUUUUAUGCAGUUUAUUGUUUAGCAAAAAGCCAUGUAUGGUGGACAUGGACAUAGAAUUUGAUUUAUCUCCAGCACUUUUGAAGUAUCUGGUAAAAUUGAGAUUAUAUAACCCAACACUAAUGUACUGAGACUCAUCCAUUAGAUACAGCUUUUACAUAUCCUUUCUCUGCAUGUAACUUUAUUUAUAUAUAAUUACCACUGUGAAGUCUACUCCUAUCAAUGCUGUUAAUAGUUGUACAAAUUAGACUGUACAAAGUAAGUGCAAUAUUUUUUCAAUUACAUUGUAAUAAAAUUACAAAUUGAAGAAAAUAUGUCUCAAGGUUAUCUAAUAGCAAUUUAAUAUUGAUUUUAAAUUAAGGAUCCCAUUUAUCAAAGCACAUUAUUAUUAUAAUCAGUUUUACAAAUGGAGUUCUGGGCUCCUAUUCAAAAAAAUAUUGUAAGCAUGAAAAUAAUUCGCAGAAUAUAACUUCAAGCUUGAAAGACACUAAUAUAUUUUUAUCAUGUGAGCCACAAAUAAACUUUUUUGGAGGUUC